GCCGCCAUCGUCGCCGUCCUCACCAAACCACUUGCUGCAUCCUGUCCGUCUUGGACGCAUCAACCCCGACCGCAACCCCGACUCGACCUUCACCGCGUCCUCCCUACCCUUUGCUUAGCUUACUACUGCUACGCCCACGGCAGCAUGUCUUCAAAUGAGCUCGCGCCGAGCUUCGCGCCCUUCUUCGGCAUGAGCGGAAUCGCCUUCGCUAUGAUCUUUGGAUGCGCCGGAGCUGCGUAUGGAACAGCUAAAGCUGGCAUCGGCAUUGCCGGUAUUGGUACAUACAGGCCGGACCUGAUCAUGAAGUCGCUCAUUCCCAUUGUCAUGUCGGGUAUCUUGGCCGUCUACGCCCUCGUCAUAUCAGUCCUCAUCGCCAGCGACAUCAAGCCACCACCAAACAACACGUACUCGCUAUAUGCUGGAUUCAUGCACAUGGCAGCCGGUCUGUCGGUCGGGCUGUCGGGCCUGGCUGCGGGAUACGCUAUUGGAAUCGUAGGAGAUGCUGGCGUACGCUCCUUUAUGAGCCAGUCGAGAAUCUUUGUCGGCAUGGUGCUCAUUCUCAUUUUCGCUGAAGUAUUGGGACUCUACGGACUUAUUGUCGCCCUCAUUCUCAACACCAGAGCAAGUGGCUGAAGCGGCACGGAGAGGCAAAUUGUACGACUAGCUGGUGUGGUGUAGAAAACAGUAGGACGCGCAUGCAACAGACGGGAGUUUACACGGGAGUUACUGUGGGCAGAUUCUGCCCGGGCAUGAAAUGUAUUUAAAGGCUGAGAUUAAUGCAUAGCGGCAGUUUGGUUCGUAU